AUGGAAAGGCAGGAGAGUGUGAUACAGGAGCAGAGGGAAUGGCAGAGGUGGAGACAUGAGCAGAGGGAAAGAGAGAAGGGAGUAAUACAGGAGCAGAGUGAGAGAGAGGAGAAAAGGAGACAGAAGCAGAGGGAUGGGCAGGAGGGGGUGAUACAGAAGCAGAGGGAAAGAGAGGAGAGGAGGAGACAGAAGCAGAGGGAUGGACAGGAUAUGGUGAUACAGGAGCAGAGGGAAAGAGAGGAGAGGAGAAGACAGAAGCAGAGGGACGGAAUGGAGGGGAUAGUACAGGAGCAGAGGGAAAGAGGGGAGAGUGGGAGACAGGAGCAGAUAGAGAGGGACAGUGAGGAGCAGACAGAGUGGGAGACCACAAAGUCAAUACUUAUGGUUGGAAAGAAGAGGGAGCGCAGGCAGGAAAAAAAAGUGACAUGGCGGGAAGAGAUAGAAACAGUGAAGUAUGUAGACAGGUAUAUAAAAUACUUAGAGAGUUGGGAGCAGAAGGAGAGACAGGAGCAGAAGAUAAGAGAAAGAGUGGAGUGGGCAUUAGAGCAGAAGAAGGAAAGAGAGGCAAGGGCAAUACGGAAGCAGAGGGAAUGGCAGAGGUGGAGACAUGAGCAGAGGGAAAGAACAGAGAGGGUGUUACAGGAGAAGCGUGAAAGAGACAUGAGGAGGAGAGAGGAGGUAAGGGAGAUACAGGCGAGGAGGAGGCAGGAGCAGAGGGAAAGAGAGGAGAGGAGGAGACAGAAGCAGAGGGACGGAAUGGAGGGGGUGGUACAGGAGCAGAGGGAAAGAGGGGAGAGUGGGAGACAGGAGCAGAUAGAGAGGGACAGCGAGGAGCAGACAGACUGGGAGCCCACAAAGUCAAUACUUAUGGUUGGAAAGAAGAGGGAGCGCAGGCAGGAAAAAAAGGUGACAUGGCGGGAGGAGAUAGAAACAGUGAAGUAUGUAUGUAAGUAUAUAAAAUACUUAGAGAGUUGGGAGCAGAAGGAGAGACAGGAGCAGAAGAUAAGAGAAAGAGUGGAGUGGGCGUUAGAGCAGAAGAGGGAAAGAGAGGCAAGGGCAAUACGGAAGCAGAGGGAAUGGCAGUGGUGGAGACAUGAGCAGAGGGAAAGAACAGAGAGGGUGUUACAGGAGAAGCGUGAAAGAGACAUGAGGAGGAGAGAGGAGGUAAGGGAGAUACAGGCGAGGAGGAGGCAGGAGCAGAGGGAAAGAGAGGAGAGGAGGAGACAGAAGCAGAGGGACGGAAUGGAGGGGGUGGUACAGGAGCAGAGGGAAAGAGGGGAGAGUGGGAGACAGGAGCAGAUAGAGAGGGACAGUGAGGAGCCGACAGAGUGGGAGACCACAAAGUCAAUACUUAUGGUUGGAAAGAAGAGGGAGCGCAGGCAGGAAAAAAAGGUGACAUGGCGGGAAGAGAUAGAAACAGUGAAGUAUGUAUGUAAGUAUAUAAAAUACUUAGAGAGUUGGGAGCAGAAGGAGAGACAGGAGCAGAAAUUAAGAGAAAGAGUGGAGUGGGCGUUGGAGCAGAAGAGGGAAAGAGAGGCAAGGGCAAUACGGAAGCAGAGGGAAUGGCAGUGGUGGAGACAUGAGCAGAGGGAAAGAACAGAGAGGGUGUUACAGGAGAAGCGUGAAAGAGACAUGAGGAGGAGAGAGGAGGUAAGGGAGAUACAGGCGAGGAGGAGGCAGGAGCAGAGGGAAAGAGAGGAGAGGAGGAGACAGAAGCAGAGGGACGGAAUGGAGGGGGUGGUACAGGAGCAGAGGGAAAGAGGGGAGAGUGGGAGACAGGAGCAGAUAGAGAGGGACAGUGAGGAGCAGACAGAGUGGGAGACCACAAAGUCAAUACUUAUGGUUGGAAAGAAGAGGGAACGCAGGCAGGAAAAAAAGGUGACAUGGCGGGAGGAGAUAGAAACAGUGAAAUAUGUAUGUAAGUAUAUAAAAUACUUAGAGGGUUGGGAGCAGAAGGAGAGAGAAAGAGUGGAGUGGGCAUUAGAGCAGAAGAGGGAAAGAGAGGCAAGGGCAAUACAGAAGCGGAGGGAAUGGCAGAGGUGGAGACAUGAGCAGAGGGAAAGAACAGAGAGGGUGUUACAGGAGAAGCGUGAAAGAGACAUGAGGAGGAGAGAGGAGGUAAGGGAGAUACAGGCGAGGAGGAGGCAGGAGCAGAGGGAAAGAGAGGAGAGGAGGAGACAGAAGCAGAGGGACGGAAUGGAGGGGGUGGUACAGGAGCAGAGGGAAAGAGGGGAGAGUGGGAGACAGGAGCAGAUAGAGAGGGACAGCGAGGAGCAGACAGAGUGGGAGCCCACAAAGUCAAUACUUAUGGUUGGAAAGAAGAGGGAACGCAGGCAGGAAAAAAAGGUGACAUGGCGGGAGGAGAUAGAAACAGUGAAAUAUGUAUGUAAGUAUAUAAAAUACUUAGAGGGUUGGGAGCAGAAGGAGAGAGAAAGAGUGGAGUGGGCAUUAGAGCAGAAGAGGGAAAGAGAGGCAAGGGCAAUACAGAAGCGGAGGGAAUGGCAGAGGUGGAGACAUGAGCAGAGGGAAAGAACAGAGAGGGUGUUACAGGAGAAGCGUGAAAGAGACAUGAGGAGGAGAGAGGAGGAAGACUUCCAGGGUUGGGAACAGGAGGAGAGGCCUGAGCAGGAGCAAAGGGAAAGAAAGGAGAGAGAGAGACAUGAGCAGAAGGAAAGGGAGGAGAGAUUGAGACAGGAGCGGGAGGAGAAAGAGAUAGAUGAGUUAAUAGAUCUUAUGUUACAGGAAGACUUCCAGGGUUGGGAACAGGGGGAGAGGCCUGAGCAGGAGCAAAGGGAAAGAAAGGAGAGAGAGAGACAUGAGCAGAAGGAAAGGGAGGAGAGAUUGAGACAGGAGCGGGAGGAGAAAGAGAUAGAGGAGUUUAUAGAUCUUAUGUUAAAGGAAGACUUCCAGGGUUGGGAACAGGAGGAGAGGCCUGAGCAGGAGCAAAGGAAAAGAAAGGAGAGAGAGAGACAUGAGCAGAGGGAAAGAGACGAGAGAUUGAGAAAGGAGCGGGAGCAGAAAGAGAUAGAGGACUAUAUAGAUAGUAUGUUACAGUUUGACUUUAACGGUUAG